UGCUGGAGUGUAAUGCUUUAUCAUUAUUGUGAGAAACAUUAAGAUUUAGUUUCUUUCAAUCAUUUAAGCAAAUUACAAGAUCUCCAUGAGUCUGUAUGUUCUGAAAUAGUUUUUUUUUUUAUCUUUAUGAUAGACAUACAUACUUUUGCUUCUGGUUGUUGUAUUGGGAUAAAAAUUAUUUAGCUAUUUUUCUAUUUUAUUUAUUGUAUUUUGCUGUUUACUCUUUGAAGAGGUUAUGAAGUGGACACUUAUUUCUCUCCUCAUAGGUGGCUGCUUGGCUCAGAUUACCUUGGGCUGGACGUAUCACUACUCUAACAAGAGCAUGAGCUGGGACAAGGCCAGGCAGUUUUGCAAGACCAAUUUCACAGAUAUGGUGGUCAUCCAAAGCCAGGAGGAGAACAACUACCUGGUCAAACUGCUGCCUGACAGAGACAGGAGUCCAUAUUUCUGGAUCGGAAUCACAAAAAAACAAAAGAAUGAAACUUGGACGUGGGUUGGAAAUAACAGCACGUGGAUUGGGAACCAGUCAUGGGCAGAAAAUGAGCCCAACAACGACCACAGCAACGAGUUUUGUGUGGAAAUCUACACCAACCAAGGGAAAAACAGAGGCAAGUGGAAUGAUGAGAAAUGCGCUAAUCCAAAAUUCGCUGCUUGUUAUAAAGCCCAGUGUAACGCGACAAUAUGUGGAAGAGGAAGGUGCCAUGAGACUAUUGAAAACAUAACCUGCAUAUGUGAACCUGGUUUUGUGGGAGACAGAUGUGAAACGGCUGUGGAGUGCCCCCCUUUGUCUGAACCUGAUAACGGGGAGCUCAUCUGCCCUGGAGGAAACCAGAGGUUCAACUCAACAUGUCAGUUUAAAUGCUCCUUUGGCCUCCUGAUGAUAGGAUCAGCAGAUAUUACCUGUGGGAUUAAUGGGGUCUGGAGUGGACAGAGACCUGUUUGUGCAAGCUAUAAACAUACUCUCUGGGCUGUGACUGGGUGUGGAGCCACAUCAGCACUCUGCUGUCUGUGUUUUUGCUGGAUGAAGCGCAGAAAGAGAAAGAAACUUGCCCAAGUAAGGCACCUUCAGGAUGUGACAAGUCCUUCCAAUGGAGUUCAAGGAUAAAGGACGACUGUAACCUCAUCUAUGUCUUGAAGUAUUUCAACAAUAUCAUGCAGUUGUUGUACUCUGUCAUCAGAAUGUACCUAAACUAUACAAGACACAUUAUGUCUAGUAAACUACAUGUCUGAUCUGCUGUUAGUCUUCUGUGUGCUUAUAUGUGUUUAUAUUUGCUUAGGUGACAAAAUAUAUUUUCUGCAUUUUCUGGUCUCUUAUGUUUCAUUAUUGAGAUAUAUUCAUAUAUGAUCACAUUUUCUUGAAUAAAAUUCACAUUUAA